AUCCUUCCGACCCUUCCAUGCUCUUUUACCUGCGGACGCGAUGUGCAGCGAGCAGAGCAUAGGGCGCAAGCGCCCGCCACUCAAGGCUGCGGUGUCCCGAUGCGAAAACGCAUCAUCGUCGGUCUUCUGAUGUGGGUCCUCGUGAGCGGCGACCGCCCCGGAGAGGAUAGGCAUGACGAGGACCACGUCCACGAGGAGCGCACGCUGGCGCACGCCAACUGCUACGGGCUGCCCGCCGAGCUGAUCGCCGGCGACGCCGAGUCCCUCCUCGCCCUGUUGCUGUCCGAGGAGGGUCGACGCGUCGCCAAGGAGUCCGCCCUGCGCACUCUGCUGGCGAACGCCACCAGUGAACGCGCCGCAGCUAUGCUUCAGCCUAUUGUCCAUUAUCGGUCUGUGAAGAACGUUCGCGGAAUCUCCAUCUGCGGCAACGCGUGGCUGGACUGGAUACCGUGGCUUCCCUGCCGGGUCCAGUCGCCGCCCCCGCGGCCCUACUUCGAAGACGAGGAGCGGGGAGGCGACGGGGAAGGACCGCUCUGCCGGCCGACGGAAGACUAACUUUUAAAAGUUGCUGAAAAUAUGUUUUCACGAAAUAAAUUGCUGAUGCUGGAAACAAUAACGAGGGUCUCAAUCAUUCUGCGCGCAAGUCCCGCGAAUAGCAUCUUGGCGAACAAGUUUGAAAAGACCGCCUCCUCCAUGUGUCGGCAAGCCCAAAACUUUUGACCCAACGUAACGC